CUUUAAUAUUUACCUUUUCAUGUUCAAUUAUGAUAAUAUUAUCUUUUUGUUGUAAAAUUAUGAUAAAACUUACAAUACGCCUGGUCUUCAUUGUCAAAUUUUGACAAGGCAAUUGUUUUUGUAGCUACAAUUAAAUUUUGCACGAACUAUUUUCACCAUCAUAAUAAGCACAGUGAUAAUUAAACGUUAUCUGUAACUAAAUUCGAAAUUAAACAUAACAAACAUUGGUUUUACGAGGACCGCAUGUACAGUUAUACAUACUUAAUUUUGUUUCCCUAGAGGAAAUGUGACAACAUGGACGGUUCCAAUACGACAGGAAAUUACACUGAUUCAGACUCGUUUUCAACAGUGGUUGUAAUUGAGUCAAUUGUUAGUUGUAGUUUAUCUAUUCUCGGAUCGUUCGCGAUAUUCGGAUCUUACAGUCUUUUGCCGGAAAUAAGAAAUGCUACCAGGAAACUUGUCACGUGUCUAACAAUAGCAGAUUUUCUAACGGCGUUAGGAUACAUGUCGUCAGCGAUUGCUCAUCUAGUUGGAACACAAAGAGAUGUGUGUACACCACAAAGCGAAAUAACAACAUAUUCGAGUCUCGUGUCAUUCUUUCUUACUGUUGCCAUUGCGAUUCACAUCUUUUCAACUGUUGUUAACAGAAACGAUAGAACCUCGUCGUGGCAAUUCCUUAUUAUUACUAACAUCAUAAGCUGGUUAUGUCCAGGAAUUAUUAUAGCAUUUGCUAUUGACAAUGGUGUUCUUGGUAGAGACAAAACAGAAAAUGUUGGAACAGGUCCUUGGUGUUGGUUAAAAAGAGACACUAAAGACUAUAUGUUUUGGAUGUUUUUGACUGGAAAAGGAUGGGAAAUAGUGUGCUACUUGCUGACAACAUCCUUAUAUGUUCUCCUGAAAUUCUACUUGCUAUUGCGAUUCAGGCGACACCAGUUUGCAGAGAUACAUGAAAGUCUCCGGAACUACGAUCAUAACUUCUUAUAUGUUUGGUUUAUACUUUAUCUACUACGUCUUUGGGGUACCAUUCGAUCGAUUAUGGCUUUGACAGGAGUGGAUAAACAAAGUCCUGGUGAUGAAAUAUCCAACGUGUUCAUGCAUAUGCAGGCAAUAGGUGAUCCAGCUCAAGCUUUCUGCAAUUUUAUCUUAGUCUGUAUCCUUGACAAACCUGUUAGGUUAGUUCUGUUUGGCGACUGCGGUAGGGAACCUAACCGUGAUAAUGGAGACUCAAUUCAAGGUGAUUACAAUUAUAUACCCGCAGACUCUGUUGACAAAGGUUCAGUCAAUGAAUACAGUCGACGUUACGGUAGUAUGGACAGGAGAGACAGGAUCAAUUGAUGAAGCACUUUAUUUGAUUUUAAAUGGUUUUUUUAAAUCAUGAAAUUAACUAACAUUUCAUAUGAUAAAAACAUCAUACUAUAAGAAAAGGUUUGUUUGAGAAAAACUACAGAAUUUUGCUCGCAGAUUCUACAAAUUAGAACGAGACAAGAAUAUACUAACGAGUUUUUAAAACCAAACAAAGCUUUAUUCUUGAAUAUUCAUAUAUGACCUUGACCUCUCGAUUUAAUACAAAUAUUCAAUUUUUGAUUCAAUAGCCAAACGAAUAAAACAAUAAUGUUAAUUCUUUCUAACGCAACAUACAUAGCAAAAUCUUGAAAUCAUUUUGAAAUCAUUUUGAGUUCUGUAAUUUUAUUUUUAAUGUUGAUAUUUUAAAAUAUGUCACCUUUAAGUGGUUAUACUAAAAGAAGGAAGUACGAGGAAUCAUGCAGUGCGGUUCUAUUUAAACAGGCAGUAUUAUAUGUUUAAUAUUGGUCAACAUUCUAUAUAUAAAAAGUAUAAUGUUUGAAUUUCUGUCAAAACAAUGUUGAUUUAUGUUUGUUAAAUAUGUCAUUGGAAUCAAUACAUUACGUUCCAAUCAAAAUAAGUAAAAAUGUUUUUGGUAAUAUUGCAAUAUUAAUGAAUAAAAUAAAAUUAAAAUAAUAAAUCAU